AUGGGCACAACGACCUUUGAUACCUUCCAAGACCUGAAAUAUGUGGAGGGUGACUUCACGCUGCGCAACCAAGAUGCCGUGACCAGCCUUGCUCCUUUGAGCCGUUUACAAUCAGUGGAUUCCCUUGUCAUCGAUGAUAUGGAUGGACUGACGAAUCUGAGUGGUCUGGACCCCGCUCGUCUCACAAUUUCAGGUGAUCUUCGCAUUGUCAACAACGACAACUUGGUCAGCAUCAGCGACCUUGCAGGCCUGGCUGUGACUGGUUUCUGCGUCAUCGCCAAUAACCCCAGCUGUGCGGGAUGCACGUGUGCCAGCAUCGGUCUGGGCGGUCAGGAGACGACCUCAACCACAACUACGACAUCGACGACGACGACCAGCACCACAAGCACAACGACAACCACCAUCAACCCUGUCUACAACAGUUGGGUGCGCUGCCGUUUGGAUACAGACCUUACCAGCUCGAUCGAUCUUCUUCAGGGUCGCCGUCAAGUCACGGGCGACGUUGAGUUCCAGAACUUUGGUGCCUCGUACUCGUGCAAUGUGGAUCCCACCUCAUUUGGCACUCUCACGGAAUUGGAGAAUGUCAACGCCUUGGUGAUCACGGGUAACACGCUGCUUCCAACUCUGUCGGGCAUGGAUGGCUUGACUCGCAUUGAGAACAACUUCGUGCUCAGGAGUAACACUCUGCUGUCUAACGUUGAUGCGCUGUCUGCCUUGACCUACAUCGGUGGAACUUUCGAGCUGCGCUCAAACGCAGUGUUGAGCUCACUCGCCGGGUUGAGCUCUCUUGGAUAUGCUGGAGCUUUGACGAUGCGCUACUGCGAUGGCGUCACCUCUCUGAACGGGCUGAGCUCACUAACUGCUGUUGGCACUUUGUCCCUCCGCGAUUCUGAUGGCUUGACCACACUUGAGGGCCUUGGUCCCAUCGCUUCCCUUGAUCUGCUGGAGCUGGAUGGUUUGGUUAGCCUGACCAACAUCUCCGCCCUUUCCUCCUUGGCUUACGUCGAGGAUUUGGUGAUCACUGACACUGGGUUGACAGACGUUGAUGCCUUGGUCGGCAUCGGCUAUGGCUUCUGUGACAUUACGCUCGAUUCGUGUGACCCGCUGAAUCACGCCUGUGAUUGCUCAGCUUUGACGGCGUAA